UUCCUCGAAAGACACUGUGUCGCUGAACUAUACAUAUAUGAGCUUGCCUUUUUGCUCUUUUCACCGUACAUCAAGAUGUUUUUAAGUGAGAAACGUCCGAUCAAAAGACCUCGGGUAUCACUCAGUUGCAUUGCCUGCCGCCGUCGCAAGGUUCGCUGCACCCGCGAACAGCCAGCAUGUGCCAACUGCAUCCGCACGAAGGAGACUUGUGUAUACAGUGCCACAAGCCGUGAUGAUAAUGCGAGCCAGAUACCUCAGGUGCCUCCGCCUCAGGAGAGGAACUCCGGUGCAUCUGAACCUCGGACCCAAGACCUCACCUGGUCGCACUGGGUAUCUGAAGAAACUGACAUGGCGAUAAACCUGAGCGAGGAGCCUGCACCUUAUGCUGCUGCUACUACUACUAAGCCACGGUCGAGAAGGGAACUGAACGCGAGCAGUUCGUUAGCCCUUCCAAGCACGUUGUCUGUUAAUCCCAGUCCGGCUCUCUCCUCGAACCUGACUAUCUCAGUCUACGACCGGGCGCUCGUGCGCGAUACAUCGGCCAAACUUUCUGGGGAUUUGUUACCGGAACGAGCGUUGAUGCUGACCUUGGUUGGCUGGGUGCAGGAAGCCCUGAGUGACGAUUUCUUCGACGACAACCGCAAUACUGACCCUGAUCUGCCCCCCUCAUAUAUUUCUUCUAUGGGGAUGUUCAAUCUUUUACAGUCGUUGCCCACCAAAGCCGUGAGCGAUGCUCUGCUUAAGGUAUUCCUCUUUGCAGUUUGGCCGCUUUCCCCUCUUGUGCAUUGUCCUAGCCUACAGGCAGAUUACGAUGAGUUCUGGGAGUGGUGCCGGAAUAGCGAUACAGCUGUUCCUCCAGGAAAAGUUCGAGAUGACCCGACCUUUCUCUGCCUUCUCUUUGCAAUCCUGUACUGUGGCGCAUCUGCUGCUCCAGAGGCCAGUUGGAUGGGUGCCAGCCUUCAGGAUGUACAGAAGGAGACAACAGUGAACAAUCUCAGGUCGGCUUAUGAGACAAGUAUUUCUCUAUGUCAUCAUCUGGACCAUCCGACAUUGAACUCUCUAGUUUCGACGUUGCUGACCAGCCCGUUUCUGUACGGAUGCAAACCGAUGUACGAGUUGAUAUCCGUCAGCAUGACACUUCGACUUGCCCAGAGUAUGGGAUUGCAUCGGGAAGAUACGUGGUCUGCACUAAGUCCGGUGGAUCGGGACAUACGACGUCGAAUUUGGUGGCAUAUUGUCAGGCUUGAUCUCCAGUCAAGCAUCUCCACUGGGCUACCACCCUGUUGCGGGAGCGAGGCGCUGGACGCAGUGGAUAUGAUGGCUUCUGCAUCCGUUAAAGAUAUUAGUGAUCCCUCUGUCCGCUCUUCGAGCCCAGACCCCAUGGGGUCGAAGCCAUCGAUAGCCCUUAUCUUUGCCGUUGGGUGCUCGGAGACGGCUCGCUUGCAAUCACGGACUGUGACACGCUUACAGAGUGGACGGAUUCUGAUUCAGAAUGAAUUGAGAGGGCUCGUGACGGCUGCUAGGAGGCAGCAGCAGAAGAUUGACACACUCAUUGCGAGUAUUCCAUCGCAAGGGAUCCCCGAAAGGGGACUUAUCCCCUCCCGUCUGGCAAACGCAUCUCCAUCCACCCAUCCUUCGCUUUACAACGACGAUGCGACCCAGCCUACCGUCCUUUCAGCAUGGACACGCAUUAUGCUGACCCUGUUGAAAUUCGACAUGGCCAUAUUAUUACAAAAGCCGUUUCUGCCGCCCCCGGACAGGUCAAACCCACAAUCGUGCAAGGCAUGGACUAGCAUGGCACAGCUUUGCGUGAGCUAUCUUCGCAUAAUCCUGCCCAUAUAUCAAUCUUCCGCAUUCUCGCCCUAUACGUGGUUCUGCCGCAGCUAUCAUGGGCCUCUUCAAUGUGUGUUCCUUACCUUAAUCUACCUGGAUUGCUUCAGGGACUCGAAGGAGACCACAGCCCGGUAUUUCGUUGAUGAGAUCAUGGAGCACAUCGUAUCUCAUUACCAAGGGGUGCAUUCUUCAACAGCAAGAAAUACCCCAGACUCCCAAUCGCCGUCAAAGACGCAAUUGCCGCUGGCGAUACAAGUACUUGUCGACCUUCACAAUCGCCUCGACUCGCCUUCCGAGCCUGAUGACCAUUCCCAAACGAAGCCAUCAUCGCCGACCUUGACUCUUUAUCAUCAUCCUUAA